AUGUACCUUCCUACUCCGUGUAUAUGCUUAAAUGACUUCUCGGCGAAUAAGGUGGGGGAUAGAAGAAGCAAAUGGUUCGUCAAUUUCAGUGUCGAUUUCAGACUAAACCCACCACACUUGAUUCUGAGUGUACUGUACAUACUGGAUAAUGAGAAUUUGCCGAUACGGAUCUUCUAUCUCUUAUUCCGAGACUAUCUUCUUGAUCCGGAAACACGCGACAAACCCCCGUUUUAG